ACACAGUUGCUGACUUUAUGACUGCAACAAUGAAAAAUCAGACAGUGACCUAUGCAGAACUGAACCUUGUAAAGGUCUCAAAAAAACAGCAAAGGAAGCCAAAGAACUCUGAAAGUUCCAUUUUGGUACCUGAACAGGAGAUAAUCUAUGCAGACUUAAAUCUUCACACUGCUUCUCAGGCUCUUCAAGGAAAGGACAAGCAUUACCUGUGCAAAGGUUUGUCAUUUCCUCUGGAAAAACUCCUUGCUGGGAUCUUGGGAUUCCUCUGUGUUGCCAUGAUAAGCACAAUGAUUGCUGUUAAACCUCGCAAUACAACAUCAGAUGAGACUAAUUCCUCCCCACAAGCAGACACCAGUAAAAAAAAGUGUAAUCAUUGUCCAAAGGGUUGGGUUACAUAUUCCAACAAUUGCUAUUAUAAUACUCAUGAAAAGAAAACAUGGAAUGAGAGUGUGAAGGACUGUGCUUCUAAGAACUCUAGUUUGCUUUCCAUUGACAAUGAAGAAGAAGUGACAUUUUUGAGUUCCAUAUCAACUCUUUCAUGGAUUAAUGUCUUCCGGGAAGGCAGUGAUCAGCCCUGGAGGUCAAGAAAUGGCUCAACUUUCAAACUCGAAAUAAAAGGGCAGACAUCUGGUAAAGAUUGUGCUGUGUUAUUCUCAUCAGGUCUCAAAGCAGAUAACUGUGUAUCUCUCCAAAUAUAUAACUGCAAGAAAAAGCUUAACCAAGAGAAGAUGGAUAACCAAAUAGUCACCUAUGCUGAAUUAAAUACAGCUAAAAACUCUGAGAAGCAGCAAUUGAAUCCCAAAGGCACUAAAGGACUAACUUCAGCACCUUGUUAUGAAAUAACUUAUGUAGAAUUAUGUUUUCAAAAUGCUUCUCAGGAUCUUAAAGAAUAUGGCAAGCAUUGCCAAUGCAAAGAGGAAUGGUUUGCAUAUUCCGGCAAUUGCUACUACUAUAGUAGUGAGCCAAAACCCUGGAAGGAGAGUGUGAUGGUCUGUGCUUCUAACAACUCUAACCUACUUUCUAUAGAUAAUAAAGAAGAGAUGGACUUCCUAAGAUCUAUAGCAAUUGUAUCAUGGAUUGGAGUUCCUGAUGAAAGCAGUGUUCAUCCAUGGAUACCAAUAGAUGGCUCAAUAUCCAAACCAACAGCUGGUCCCUCACAGCACACAGCAGCAGAGAUGAGUGAUCAAAGGCAAAAUCACCCAGAAAGGGAUCUGGACUCAAGAGGGCAGCAAAUGAAAGGUUUACCAUUCCCUCCAGGGAAGGUGAUGGCCGAGGUUCUAGGAAUCAUCUGUUUUGUCUUGUUGUCCACUAUAGUAAAAGUCACAGUCCUUAUUUCUUAUACUGUGGAAGCAGAGCAGAGUAAUUCUUCCCCAAAAGCUUGGAAUCAGAAAGAAAAGUAUAAUCAUUGUCCAAAGGGUUGGGUUACAUAUUCCAACAAUUGCUAUUACAAUACUCAUGAAAUGAACACGUGGAAUGAGAGUGUGAAGGAUUGUGCUUCUAAAAACUCUAGUCUGCUUUACAUCGAUAAUAAAGAAGAAGUGACAUUUUUGAGUUCCAUAUCUGUUGUUUCAUGGAUUGAUGUCUUUCGGGAAGGCAGUGAUCAGCCCUGGAGGUCAAGAAACGGCUCAACUUUCAAACUCGAGUAA